AUGGAGACGUAUCACGGCCACGUCCGCACUCCUGCGGACGCUAUCAUCUUGUUCGAGGCUUGUCGCAUCGGUCUCUUGCCUCGUGUCCAGCGUCGACUGUCAGAGAAAGAACGCCAAUCUAUCCGGUCCGGUUCGGUAUUCGUCUGGGAUGAGCGGGAAGCGGGGAUGCGGAGAUGGACGGAUGGGAAGUCGUGGAGUGCCAGUCGGGUCUCGGGCAGCUUUCUAACAUAUCGUGAGAUGGAGGGCAAGCGGGGAGGAGGCGGCGUCGCACAAUCUGCCGUGUCCAGGGCUGGAAAGACACCGGAGAGCACGCGGGGCAGUGAUGACGACCGCGGGGAUGGGGGCGAUGAGGGCCCCGACGGCUACCGGUAUAAGCCUGACGGGCUGAUGAAACAGUCGUUCAGUAUUACCACAUCGGCCGGUCAGCAUCUGCAUCUCAUCAGCUAUUACUCGAGAUCUCACCCAUCCGCCGCAAACCUCCAGCAACCCUCCACCGACCCAGCUCUGCGAAACGUCCGACCCCAGAAAGGUCUGUACCCCGAGUCGACCGUCAAUGACCAGCAGAACCUCCCCGUCGUGACUCGUGGGCCCAUGGCUGGAGCUACCUAUCCGAUUACUCCCCAUCCCAUUGGAAGCUACCCGCGUUCAGGCGCUACACAUCCUCAGUCAUAUACUCCACCGUAUGCGUGGCCUCCAACACCGCUGGCGACACCGCCUGUUCCCGUCCCGUACGGUGGUGCCUCCUACCUCCCUCCUGUGUCCGCUACCAAUGGCCAGGUGCCAUAUGCUCAACAGCCUCAUCCUGCAUUGCCUCCGCCGCCUCCGCCUCAGCCUGGCUUGGCUUACGAUCGUCCCGUACACCACCAGGUCGAGCCCACACUGCCGCCGGCUAUGCACGCACCCGCAGGACAAUCCACACAUCUGCCUGUCAUGGCUGGUCGCUCUCCCCGGUUAAUCGCCGAAGCUCAUGAAGUGCGCCAACGGAGUCCUCCCAGUUAUGGAGGAGGCGUCCACCCUCGCAUGCUAUCCCCACGAAGACAGCCUCAUGCCAUCCCGCCACCAAGCAAUGGACUGGAACCUGCGAUGCGCAGCCCUCAUUUGCUCAAGCAGGCACCUCCGAGCUCGGUGCACCUUAGCCCAGCCACUGCGAUUAAGCAGGAACCGCCAAGCUCCAACACCGUCCCCAGCAUAGGAGCUCUGAUGAACGGUGCACCCCUGCCUUCCAUCUCCGCCGGACCCGAAGCCCCUCGACUGGGCGGCAGUCCCGGAGCUGCCGCUGAAGGGCCUCGGGAUAUCCCGAGCGAGAAGAUCGGGUUCGGAGGCGAGGACAUGCGAGCACUGCGACAACUGGACCGAGUUUUCACAGCGUGA